AUGGCGUCGCACUCGGGAGGAGGCGAUCAAGAUAAAAACGACAUACUGGAAGUUGGAGCUGUUUUGUUAAAAGAUUUCAUAUUUGAGCGAGUCAGAAGACAUGGGGAGUGCAAUGCAGUGGUCACAAGGGAACAGUUGGGGGCAAGAGAACUGUGUGACCCAAACCACAAGAAACUGGCCCAGUGUCUCCAGCAGAUUGGUGAUGAAUUGGAUGGAAAUAUGGAUCUCCAACGAAUGAUAUCAAAUUCGUCACUGAAACCAACGAAGGACAUUUUCUUAAAAGUUGCUGUCGAGAUCUUUUCUGAUGGGAAGUUUAACUGGGGAAGAGUCGUGGCACUAUUCUACUUUGCUUGCCGGCUUGUUAUUAAAGCUCUUGUGACUCAAGUUCCUGAUAUCAUUAGAACAAUUAUCAGUUGGACCCUGGACUACAUCCGGGAACAUGUGAUCAACUGGAUCAGAGAGCAGGGAGGAUGGGAAGGAAUCCGUUCUCAUUUUGGCACACCCACAUGGCAAACGGUUGGUGUGUUCCUGGCUGGCGUUCUCACCACUGUUCUCGUCAUUCGUAAGAUGAGUUGA